AUGGAUAAGAAUAAAGAAGACGGUGGUGAUGGGGAAAAGAAAAAUAAAAAAAUAGUUGCCGAUAGCAGAACUGAAACUUUGAACCAAAUAAAAGUCAAGUUAAAAGAAGGUCACCAAAAACUAAAUUUGGAAGAAUCUGAAAUACCAGUUUCUCUUUUUGCUCCUUACAAAACUCUGGCUGAUAAACUAAAUAGUUUAAACAAAACAGAAGAAAUUAAUGCUUUGAAUAAUAAUUUGCUAAUAGCGAUUGAGCAAAAGAAAAAAGAAAAAUUAAACGCAAUUGCCCAAGCGGCUAUUGUGGAAAUUGACCAAGCUAUUGGUGAUGACAUUGAACGAAAAAAAAAUAAAGUUAAAAAGUUAAUUGAUGAUCAAAAAAAAGCCGAUCAAAAUGAUGAAGGGAUUGUGGUCGAUCCCACUGGCAAAAAAACUCCUAAAACUAGUCCACAAGCACCAAAAAAAGUUUCUUUACAAAAAGUAAUCGGUAUUACUUCUUUGAUAAUGAUUCUAUCAAUAAUUAUUGCAGUGAUAUCAUUCAGGAUAAGACAAGAAACUAAAGCGAGGAAAGCAAAAAAAACUAAAGCAUAA